AUGAAGCAGCUUCGAGGUCAAUGGCUAAGAUCUUCAAAGCUGUUGCAGAAAGAACAUGAUGUAUACCAUGCGGCCCAUGACAGGCUGAAUCGAAUCCGCAAAGCAGAUUUGUGGGAGCUGUUUGCAGGUGAAGCACAAUGUUCUUACUUGGCCAAUGAGUACUACAUGAAUGCUCUUCAACCAUGGGACUUAAUCUAUGGCCAAGACUUGAUGAAGCGUUCUUUGCAGACCGAAGCCCAUGCAGUCCUUCACAAGUUCAGACCAGCUUUGAUCUUGAUGGGCCUGGACUGCAGCCAUCGUCUGGAGGACUGGGAGUGGCCUCAAUCACUUCAACAUCCUCUUUUGAAGUUGGCAGCCUCACUUGCAAAACAACAGCAUGCUGGACACCGUUUCUUUUUGAUUCAGAACUCUCAAAACAGUGAACUUUGGGAACAGCCUGAGAUCAAAGACCUUGGACGCCUUCCAGGUGUUUGGAAAGUCACUUGCCUAGCCGGAGCUUUUCAUGCACAGGUCCAAGGCAAACCAAUACGAAAACCAUUCACCUUCCUGGGCAACCUUCCUGGCCUUGAGCAGGCCCUCCAGCGCACGAUGACCAAGGAAGAGCUGGACAUGUGCGUCCCCAUUCAAGGAUCUAUGACCAAACCUUCUCAGGCAUAUCCAGAAGAGCUUUGCAGAACCAUUCUAGCAGCGCUCUAUGAGGAACUACAUCGGCGACAACCACAUCGCUUUUGUGUAUGCCUCAGUUCUCCUUUUGAAGCUCUACCAGUGCAACAACCAACUGAGGAUCUCUCUCAAUGGGACCCUGUUGUUGACUAUGUGGAGAAGAGCUUCGAGAGAACUGCGAAAAGACCUUACAACAUCGACCCCAAGAGCGACAUGGGACAGACCAUCCAAGGUCUGUUUCGCAUCGAUGCCAUACGCAUCCAAGUUGUGUCAUCACCAACUACCAGAAGAAUCCCUAACAAUGUGGAUGAGUACUUCACCAGAGCCUCAUUCUUGUGCUUCAACGACGACACCAGAGCGGUGGAAGUGGAGGAUCUUGAUCAAGUCCGCUUUCCACGGCAACGUUUUGACAAACCUGUGAGACUUGCGGUGUUUGCCUAUGGACACCGAAGACCGCUGGACCUUGAAAGAGUAGAUCCAUCCAGCCAACCAUCUACUUCAACACCAACCGUGGUUCCCAACUUGCCCACGGACAUUGACUUCCCAGGCCUUACUUCUGGGAUCAGACAGGAGAUCAAGGCCUCAGUGGCGCGUUUGCACCUCAACAUGGGACAUCCAUCACGCGAGGAGCUUUGCAGACUCCUUGCCUAUGAGGGUCAUGUUCCAGAUGAAGUAUAUGAAUGCGCAAGAAAGCUCAGAUGCGCAACUUGCCAGCGUUUGAAACCUCCUCAAGCACCAAGACCAUCAACAACUCCGAAGUUAUUGAACGGCCAGUUCAAUGAUGAGGUCCAGGGUGACAUCUUCUACUGCAGAACCUUGGAUGCCACAACGUUUAUGGUUGUGGGCUUUGCUGACAAAGCCACCGGGUUUCAUCAAGCCCUCGUGCUUCCUGACAGGCACGCCAACACUGUGUUUGAAGCCUUUGAGCAACUUUGGCUUCGACCCUAUGGCAUCCCUUUGAAGGUCAUGACAGACCCUGACCCCUCCUUCCGUGGUCACUUCCAGGAGCGACUUCAGGCACUUGGAUGUUUACUGGAGUUUUGCCCUGCGGAGAGCCACUUUGUCAUUGGCAUGAUUGAGCGGAGAAACAGUUUGCUGAGAACCAUUUUGGAAAAGCUGAUAGACACCUUUGGCAUCAACCAGGUGGACCAGUGCUCAACUGCACUCGUGGCAGCCUGCCAUGCCAUCAACUCAGGAAUCCACACCCAUGGACGGUCAGCCUACCAGGCCGUUUUUGGGAAGCAGCCAAGGUUGAUCGACAGCAACUUCAGCAAUCCUAUGGUUUUGGCUUCUUCAUCACCGAUUGCUCAGCUUCAGGAUUCAGAUGCUGGACUUCGAGCUGAGGUGGUUAGAGCCGAGGACAAGGACAACCAAAAUCCCAGACCUGAUGCCAGGUCAACCUUGCGCCUUCUGGCGCUGGGCCCGCAGAGGCCAGAAGAAGCGGGGCACUUGGGUGAUUGCAAGAAGUUCAGCGACCAUCUCUUGAGGGAUGAGCAGGGUCCACCACCACCAGACAACCUGAUGGUCGAUGACGACACCAUUGACACCAAUGCCAACCUCGACAUCAAUGCCGAGCUGAACGAGAACACCAGUCUCACGAAGACGUUCCCGCACACCAACAAGCAGACGCCUAACACAGGCGUGAUCCACCGUGAUCCAACCCACGUCCACGCACAGCCGUGCUAUGGACCAGCCUCAAGGGUUUUUCAACAGGCCUAUUGGGCCACAAGCCAACGCCGUGAAGACCUGCGCAACGCCCCUGGUAAAUCACCUGAUGAAUCAGACACCACGGCAGAUGAAUCAGACGACGACAACAAUACAGCACAUGAGGGCCAGCAACAAGAGCCCGACGAACAACCAGCCCUUCACCAACAAGCAUUCGGCAAGCAGACAUACAACAAGCAGCUUGACAGACAAGAUGCCAAGAACAAACAGGCACUGCAGCAGAAGCUACACAGCAAGAUACAAAGCAUGAAGCAUCAAAGACAAACACAGAGAGCACAAGACAUGGCAAUUCACAAGCAAGGCCUCUCUCGGCAAGAACAGAAGGCACUGGAUCGUGAGAUUCCAUGGAGGACAAUCUUAGCAAUGCCUCCAGCCUACGUUGACAAGUUCUUGGCCGCGAUCUCCAAAGAGGCCAACUCAUGGCUUGAAUGGAACUCAGUAGAACCUCUUUCACCAGAAGAAGCUCAGAAGGUUCUGAAGGACCCCUUGCUUUCCAAAAGAAUUCUGCCGUCACGAGCGUGCUAUCGUGACAAAGCCUGCGGCAUUGGAGAAGUUCAGCCGAAGUGUCGCAUAGUGGCGCUUGGACACCUUGAUCCAGACCUAGCAACUUUGAACCGCAAUGCUGGAACUCCAAGCCGUUGCACUGAGCAGAUCAUGUAUGCCAUGCUUGUCGCAGGUUUGAACUGCGAACUCUUUGAUACCACUCUUUCAUGGAUAGCUUGGACUGGAGAUGCCUCUACGGCUUUUCUGCAAGGACAAAAUGCUGAUCGCACUAUGCCACUUUUUCUACGACCUCCUCAAGAUGGACUGAUCUCUAUGACGCAGCACUGGUCAGCUCCACUCUAUCGAGUUCGUGGCAACGUGUAUGGCUUAGCAGAUGCACCAGUCACUUGGAGCAAAGAAGUUUGCCGCCGACUGCAGAGCCUGGGCUUCACACAACAUGACUUCGACAGGCAGCUGUACCUUCUGCGAAAGGACGGCCAAAUCAUAGCUGCCAUCAUUGUUUAUGUUGAUGAUUUCCUUGGCAUAAGUAGGUCUGACCAUGACCUUAGUUCAGUUCAUGGUUUGUUCAAAUGGGGAGCUCUGAAUUACUUCCAAGAAAAUAAGCCAAUAACCUUCAAGGGAAAGGAACUGACCCUGAAGCGCAAUGAGCACCAGCGCUUCUAUCUGCACAUCACAUUGAAGAAGUUUCUGGAAGGCAUCGAGUUUGGCGCCAUUGCCAAAGGUCGAUUGCAAGGUUCGCCUGAGCUUUCAUUGGACGAGCGCAAGGAACUGAGAAGCAUUUGCGGAUGUUUGCAAUGGGCCGCAUCCCAGGCCCGACCUGAGAUUGCUGCGACGGUCAGCCUGUCUGGCCAUGGCGAAGAGGCAAAGAUCACAGACUUGAAACAGCUGCAUGCCACUCUCAAGUAUGUCAAAGAGACCCCGCAGUAUGGAAUCAACAUCAUGGAUGUACCAUUCACCCGUGAUUCUGUAGUGCUGGGAUAUAGUGACAGCAGCUGGGCGAAUGCGCGAAAGUCUGGCAGCCAGAUCGGAGUUUUGGUGGGCCUGACGACUCCAUCCGUCAAGACCACAAUGGCACCAUUUACUUUGCUGGAUUGGCGCUCAGCUCGUUCACCGCGAGUCUGCCGAUCAACUUUGGCUGCUGAGGCGACCGCUGCUGAUGAGUGCGCUGACCGCUUAGCCUAUGUGAAUUUGUUCAUAAGUGAACUGAUGUAUAACCAAGCAGCUCACCGAGUAGGUAGUAGGUUAGCCACCCUCCAAGCUGUAGAUGCCAAGUCGUUGUUUGAUGCAAUCAUGAGUGAGAACCCAUCACUCAAUGAUAAGCGAACCCUGGUGAGCAUCAGGGCAAUUCAGGAAACAAUUUCGAGUAAAGAAAUUCGAUGGGUCCCAACACGUUUUCAAUUUGGUGACGGCUUGACGAAGACAGAUGACAAGCUUCUGGAAGCUUUCAGGCGAUGGCUCAAUAUGCCACUUGCCGUUUUGACCGAGUCACCAGAAAACCAGCCAUAUGAGGAAUACCUUUUUCCCCAAGGUGCAAAAAAGAAAAACACCAGUGAAAAUGUCAUGCAAUCCAUGUCAACCAGCUGA